UCUUCUCGUGGUUCUUAGCAUCAAAUCUUUGUCCUGAGGCCGGCUUCUCUGCUCGUAUCAACCCUAAAUUCUAAUCCUCCAUGAACCCUAAAAUUUGAAAACCUUAGACCAAAAACCCUAAACCUAGUUUUCUUCAGGUUCUGUUAUUCCUUGGUUUUGCUAUUGUUGGGAUUGGAAAUGGCGGUCGCUGCUUCAACUUCAUCUCUCUUAAAAAUCAGCAGCCCUAAUGGCCUCUGUUUUGAUGGAAACAGUGAGAGGAGAAUCAAACCUUGUUCUUUCUCAUGGUCUUCCUCGUUUCCAUUACACAAUCUCUCUCUAGGAAAUUCACAGGCCGAGCCCCUUUCCCCGAGGAGAAAUGUAGUGCAAUGUGCAUGGACACGUAGAUCUCGCAGCGAAGCUGCAAAGAAACCAAAUAGGAAGUCCUGGAAACAGAAGACCGACAUGUACAUGAGACCGUUCUUACUAGAUGUAUUCUUCUCUAAGAGGUUCAUCCAUGCAAAGGUGAUGCAUCGAGGGACCAGCAAAGUGAUUUCAGUGGCCUCCACAAAUGCAAAGGAUUUGAGGAAUACAUUGCCUUCUCUCAAUGAUGUGGAUGCUUGCCGGACCAUUGGGAGAUUGAUUGCUGAGCGAUCAAAAGAUGCUGAUGUAUUUGCUAUGUCCUAUGAACCGAGGAAGGGUGAGAGAAUUGAAGGGAAGAUUGGCAUUCUACUCGACACUAUAAAAGAAAAUGGGAUCAUUUUUGUCUAAACCUUGUAUGGAUGUCUUCGUAUAACAUGUAAGCAUUGUACUUCAAGAUGCGGAGAAGCAUGCAAUAACAAGGACAUGAGAAGAAGAGUGCAAAGUGAAAAGACCAUUGAAAAGCAGAGAGGUUUUGUAGAAAGGAGUCCAAACUCCAAAAUCAAGGGAUUCCCCUUGAAUCCCCAAUGGAGCAAGAGCAUGGGUCCCAUAAUCUGCUUCCUAUAUAUAGGAGGAAGAUGGACAACACUCCAUCAUCUCUCUCUUGAAUACAAUACAUUUUGCUACAUGCACAUCGAGUGACACAUUUGCCAACUAAUUUCCAAAGCUGGAGAACAAGCACAAUAGAAUUUCUAAGGCUCACUAAAAGACAUUGAGGGGGAUAGAUAAAAGCACAUAAUAUUCCAUGGGUCCUCUGCUUUCG